GCAACGUAUCGUCAGAGACGUGUUUAGGCAGAAAUGAGUAUGUCCUUCCACUGCAAAAACGGGACGAGGCAUCUGCGCUAGCUAGGCUAGGCUGCUAGCCAAUAAAGGGAAGCGGUGCAUUGCACAUUUGCACCCGUGCUAGCUCGAUCGAACAGCUCGUAUCAUCCACAGUCCCCACCACACUCCUCAUCCGGCAACUUCAAUCCUUGCUCGAUCUGCCCAUGUCGACUGUGAGAAUCAUCGAAACCAGCUUCGUCAGCGUGCCGGCAAACGCCGCGCCGCAGCCGGAGCCGAUCAGGCUCACGGCGAUGGAAGCUCAGUGGGUCGUCUUCCCGCUGCUGCAGCACGUCCUGCUCUACGAGGGAGCCGACACCGACACGCUGCCGCCCUUCGACGCCAUUCUCCAGCCCCUUCAAUCCUCCCUCGCCGCGACUUUACGCAGCGGCUUCGCGCCGCUCGCCGGCAAGCUCGUGCAUCUCGAGGACACUGGCGAUGUCGCCCUCAGCUGCUCCGCCUCCGACAGCAUAAAGUUCGUCGUCGCGGAGUCUGACGCCGACAUCUGCAUGCUCGCCAACGACGAGGAGCACGACCUGCACGUGCUGGAGAAGCUCGUACCGGAGAUGGACAUGGGCGAGCUGCCGACCCCCGUGCUGUCGGUGCAGGCCACGCGGUUCGAGGGCGGCUUGGCGCUCGGGGUGAAGGCGCACCAUGCCGUCGCCGACGGGCGGUCGCUGUGGACCUUCGUGGAGGCGUGGGCGAUAGCGUGCCGUGGCGAGACGCCGACGGCCGCGGCAGUAUCGCCGUCCUUCGACCGCUCGCUCGUCAAGCUGCCCGAUGGCGAAGCGCUCGCCAGGAGCGUCCUGCGGAAGUGGGCGCCCAAUCUGCCUUUGGCGACAACGCCGCCGUCGAUCGUGGACGACCGCACGCGGUUCACGCGCCGGACGUUCACCAUGGGCACGCAUGACAUCCAGCGUCUCAAGCAUCAAAUCCUCCAUCUCGCCGAACCCAACAACACGCCAUUGUUGUCUCGUCCCCAGUCCACCUUCGCCGCGGCCGUCGCGCUCGCCUGGACGUGCUUCGCCAGGUGCAAGCCGUUCGCCAUGGACGAGGACGUGUUCCUCUUCUUCCUCGCCGACGCCCGCCGCCGCCUCGACCCUCCCGUGGACGCCGGAUACAUCGGCGUGUGUCUCACCGGGUGCCUCGCCAGGCUCCCGGCCAGGGAGCUCCGCGGCGAGCGAGCGCUUGCGGCGGCGGCGGCGGCGGUGCAGGAUGAGGUUCGGAAGAUGGCAGAGGACCCGCUCGCCGGGUGGGAUUUCAUGAGGCUUGCAGACACGAUCCCGAUGGACAAGGUGAUGAACGUGUCGGGGUCUUCGGGGUUCAGGGCGUACGAGGUGGCCGACUUCGGGUGGGGAAAGCCCCGGCGGACGGAGCCGGUCAGGUUGAACCAUGAUGGUCAGGUGGCGCUGAUGGGCGCCAGGGACGGCCAUGGAGUCCAGGUGUCUGUCUCUUUGCUCCAGGCGGCGCAGAUGAACCAGUUCAAGUUUCACUUCCUUGAGCUGCUGGGUUAAAGGACAACUAGCUAAAUACCCGUGCGUUGUUAUGGAUGAAAAAUUAGACUACUCACUAAAUUAGAUUAAAAUCACUGUUACUCCUUCCGUUCCAUAAAGAUUGGCACGGAUUUGAAUUAGCUAUAGUUUAAAUUCGUGCCAAUCUUUAUGGAACAGAGGGAAUACAUGUUAGCGGCGCUGCCCUUCUUAUUCCAAUUUUGGUGAAACAUUAUUCACAUGUCAAUCUUUUGCAAGAGGUUUAGUUUUUUUU